UGGGACACACUUUGGGACCCGAGCAUUCCCAGGGCGAUCUGCCAGCCCACAGGGCUGUUUUCCAGGCCCUGCAGGUUCCUUGGGGAUUACAGCCAGCAGAUAAGCAAGAAUUUUCCACCUGGACUUUCCAGCCUGGAGCUGGGAGCUGCUGGGGCAGGAGAGGGAACUCAGCGGCCCCACCAUGGCUGGGAAGAGGUCCAGGUGCUCCUUCUCCAGGCUGGAGCUGAUCCUGAUCGUGUGCCUGGUGCUGAUGAUCUCCCUCACCGUGGUGCUGCUGGUCCUGCACUUCCUCACCAGAAACACCAAUGAUUGCAUCGACAACAUAGCAGAGGAGGCAAAGUACUUGGUGGGUGUUGGCAGAGCUGAUUGCACGGGGCCUGUGGCACAGGUGCCUCUGAUGGGCUAUGCCAACCCCGAGCAGGUGGGCGGGGGGCUCCUGUCCCGCCUCUACAGCCGAGCCUUCAUCGUGGCGGAGCCCCAGGGCUCGCGACGCGUCGUCUUCGUCAGCGCCGACAUCGGCAUGGUGUCGCAGAGAGUCAGGCUGGAGGUGCUGAAGCAGCUGCGCAGCAAGUACGGCGAGCUGUACCGGCAGGACAACGUCAUCCUCAGCGGCACCCACACCCACUCGGGGCCCGGGGGGUACUUCCAGUACACCCUGUUCUGGAUCACCAGCAGGGGACUCGUCCAGCCAACCCUCAAGUCCAUCGUGAAUGGCAUUGUCAAGAGCAUAGAUAUUGCCCAUGAGAACAUGAAGAAAGGAAGGCUCUUCAUAAACAGAGGCACAGUAGAAAACAGCCAGAUCAACAGGAGCCCCUUCUCCUACCUCGCCAACCCGCAGUCCGAGCGGAACAGGUAUUCAUCCAACACGGAUAAAGAGAUGGUGCUGCUGAAGAUGGUGGAUGUGGAAGGACACGAGCUAGGCCUCAUCAGCUGGUUUGCCGUGCACCCAGUGAGCAUGAACAACUCCAACCACCUGGUGAACAGUGACAAUGUGGGCUAUGCCUCCUACCUGUUUGAGCAGGAGAAGAACAAGGGAAUGCUCCCUGGAGAGAGUCCUGCUUGGCUCCUCUGUCCUUGGCAGGGCCCUUUUGUGGCCGCCUUUGCCUCGUCCAACCUGGGAGACGUGUCGCCCAACACGCGGGGCCCCUUCUGCGCCAACACGGGCGAGUCGUGUGACAACCCCCAGAGCACCUGUCCCGUCGGAGGGGCAUCCAUGUGCAUGGCCAAGGGGCCCGGGAAGGAUAUGUUUGAGAGCACCAGGAUUAUAGGGCAAAACAUCUACUUGAAAGCAAAGGAGCUGUAUGAAAAGGCCUCCCAGGAGGUGACAGGACCCCUGAGCUCAGCCCACCAGUGGGUGAACAUGACCAAUGUGUCCGUGGAGCUCAACGCCACACACACGGUCCAGACCUGUAAACCAGCCCUGGGGCACAGCUUUGCUGCCGGGACCAUUGACGGAGUGGGAGCUUUAAACUUCACCCAAGGCUCAGUGGAAGGGGACCCGUUUUGGGAUCAGAUCCGGGACCAGCUGCUGGGAGAGCCCUCGAACGAAACCAAAGCCUGCCACCAACCCAAGCCCAUCCUCUUCAACACAGGAGAGAUGACCUGGCCCCACCCCUGGCACCCCGACAUCGUGGAUGUGCAGAUUGUUGCCAUCGGGUCCCUGGCAAUCCUUGCUGUGCCGGGGGAGUUCACGACCAUGUCUGGACGCAGGCUGCGGGAAGCUGUUCAAAGGGAAUUUGAUUCCCAUGGAUCACCAGGGAUGAACGUUGUGAUUGCAGGUCUGUGCAAUGUCUACACCCACUACAUCGCCACCUAUGAGGAAUACCAGCUUCAACGAUACGAGGCUGCCUCGACUAUUUAUGGGCCACACACCCUUUCUGCUUACAUCCAGCUGUACAGGGGCCUGGCCAAGGCUAUUGCUCUGAAUGGCACUCAGGAGCUCUCCCCUGGUCCAGAGCCCCCAUUUUUCAACGUAACCAGCCUGACCCUGCUGCCUUCUCUGAGCGUCGAGAGCGCGCCGGCUGGCAAAACCUUUGGGGAUGUGCUGGAAGAAGUGAGACAGGAGUAUCGAGAGGGAGAAGUUGCUGAAGUGACUUUUGUGGGUGCAAACCCCAGGAACUCUGCAGAGAAUGCAACUGAGCAUAACUUCCUGACAGUGGAGAGAUACUCCAACAUUUCCAGCAGCUGGCGUGUGGUGCUGAACGACGCCUCCUGGGACACCAGGUUUUACUGGAGCAAAGGCACCCGUGGCCAGAGCAACGUGACCAUUGAGUGGCACAUCCCGGCUGGCACGGAGCCCGGCCUGUACCGGCUGCGCUACUUCGGGCACUACAAGAAGAGGGCCAACUUCCUUCGUGUCAUCUCUGUCCCCUUUGAGGGCUCGUCCUCAGCAUUUCAAAUCACAGCUCCAUAGGUGGCCCCCUUCCCUAAAGGAAUAAACAGGAGAUUUGGUGUCUGGGCUCUUGUGGGUCCUCUCCAGCUCCAGGUGAUUCCGUGACGCUCUGGGAGGGGUUUUUUGGUCACUGCUGCCCCUCGAGUGCUGCUGGUUGUCAUUUGAUGUGCAAAGAUUGACUCCCUGGGAAGUUUUGUCUUUUCCCUGCAGCUGAGUCUCCUCAGUCAAGUGGUCUCUGUCCUGGCCAGGCCAGAUUUCAGCUGA